CGGACUUUCUCUGGUACCGCUCACACUGGGGAGUCCGCACAGAGAAAGAGUAUGGAGAAUAAAAAGAUAAGCAAGAAGAAAUUUUCACUUCCCUUCAUAGUAUUAUUGUGAGUCCUUCAGCAAGAAAAUCUCAGGGAAGAAGAGUGAGGGGCAGGAACCUCUAGCUGAGGAAUGGAAUGGGCAGCUGGAGAUUGAAAGAAAUGAGUAGGAUUUAUAAUUGCAGUUGGCUGGAAGUGCCAUGGGGAGAUGGAGAUUUAGGUUCUUGGGCAGAUCGCUCACCUCUGCAUGAGGCAGCCAGCCAAGGACGUCUUCUUUCUCUAAAGACUUUAUUGUCACAGGGGUACAAUGUAGACACACUAACAAUUGACCAAGUAACUCCACUUCAUGAAGCCUGCCUGGGAGAUCAUGUAGGAUGCGCAAGAAUCCUCCUUGAAGCAGGAGCAAAUGUAAAUGCCACAACAAUUGAUGGAGUGACACCUUUAUUUAAUGCCUGUUCGAGAGGCAGUGCAGCAUGUGCUGAGCUCCUGUUACAGUAUGGUGCCAAAGCUCAGUGGGAGUCCUGUCUGCCUUCACCAACUCAUGAAGCAGCCAGCAGAGGUCACAGUGAAUGUCUGGAGGUACUGAUAUCCUGGGGUAUAGAUGUUGACCAAGACCUUCCUCAUUUAGGAACACCUCUGUAUGUAGCUUGCGUUUCACAGCAGAUCCACUGCAUUCGAAAGCUUCUUUAUGCAGGUGCCAAUGUGCAGAAAGGAAAGCAUUUGCAAACUCCACUCCAUGCUGCUGCCCAGCAUUCUAGUACAGAGAUCGUAAACUUACUCCUUGAAUUUGGGGCAGACAUAAAUGCCAAAAAUUCAGAUUUUGAGAGGCCUGUUGAUUUAGCUGCUCCUAGCAGUUUAGUGGAGAGACUGCUGCUCUUCCAUGAAGCCACACCAUCCUCUCUGUGUCAGCUCUGCCGACUACGUAUCCGAAAUUACAUAGGAAGAGCUAGACUGCAUCUUGUUCCACAGCUCCAGUUGCCAACAAUACUGAAGAAUUUCUUACAAUACAGAUAACAUAGUAAUUAAGUGUUAGAAACUUAAAUAGCAAGUACUUUUUCUUCUCUCUGUUUAUUGUACAUUUUAUCUAAAGAACUGCUGGGCGGAAAAAGAGCCUUUUGCAUAUUGCUUAAAAAAAUUGUAUCUUUGACAUCUGGUGUUGGUAAUGUAAUAGUAACUGGGAGCCAUUCAGCAACUAGUACCAUGGUGCUAAUAAAGCUGAAUUGAAUAAGUGUGCUGAUACUCUGGGACGUGAUUAUAUAGCUUUACCUUAAUACUCAAUAGCUUUAGUGCUGUUAAUUUUGUGUUUAUAUUUUUAAAAUCUCUUUGACACACCUGAACCACAAAGAGUUUCUUCAUUAUUAUCUGUUAAGUUUGUCCAUUUGGAGUCAGUAUUGUAUGUGUUUUUAAAUUUCUAUUGUUCAUGUAUCUAAAAAUACUUGGUGAUAGGUGCGCUAUAUACAUUGAUAAAAAUAAAAUGAUUGGAUGUCA